GGUAACCCGCUCAGCGCGGCCUCCCUCGCCGCCACCAUGGCAUCCGCGCUUCCCACUCCGCGCGGCAACGAAGCUCAGGUGAAGAAUGCGUACGAAGCUGUUGCUUUGGCGGUACAUGCGGGAAUGGUAGCUGUAGGGUUUAGACUUGUGGGGUUGGGAGAGGAGGAGCGGAUAGGUAAGGGUUUCUUCUCCCCUCCCUGUCUGGUAUCUCUCACACUUGCCUCUGAUCGCAUCCAUGUCCAAACAGAAUCCACGACUUCCCUUCCACCCGCCUGGAACCACAACACCACAUACGCCUUCCGCUAUGCGCACUCGCAAUCCGCCAUGCAGUUCAUCCUCAAAAUCACACGUCUCGGAAACAAAGCUCUCAUCUUCGGCACCGCGCUCGGCGCCGACCACACCACGAACUUCGAAAUCACAGUCCGGGACUACAUCUCCGAGUCUUCAUUACCCGUACAGCUUGCGGAGGGGGCGUCAAACGAGGAGAUAGCGCGGAAAUUACAAGACGUAUUCAUCUCGCCCGCCCGUCUAGACGACCUGGGCAAACUUCUCAAAGUCUCCAUCAUCCAGCGGCUCGCUCCAGGCAUCUACAAAGAAGGCUACGAAGAAGACGCCACAUCCACCACCCAACGCGGCGAACCCAGCGGCGCCCCGCCCCGCCGCCCGCCGGAACCCGAACCCGCGCGACCAUACCCCUUCGACGACCCGCUGCGUGCUCCUCCGCCGGCAGGGCAACGGCCACUACCGGAACCGAUCCCGGGCUUCGAAGACGAAUACGAGAUCCUCCGGCCUAUGCGGGGGCCCGGAGGUAGAGAGGGUUAUCCCGUCGGUAUAGGCCACGAUGACCUCUAUCCGCCAGGUUUGGGCCCGCAUGAUCCUAUACGUCCGCACUUGGGCGGUGGAUUGCCGCGGCCCGGUGGUGGUAUGGGCGGGGGAAUGCAUCCUACGUUUGAUGAUCCGCUUUUUCGUGGUCAGGGGGGAGUAGGCGGGUAUGAUGCUAGAGCGCCGCCCGGUGCGAGAUAUGAUCCCUUGGGGCCGCAGGAUCCGUUGAGGGAGGAUAGGGGGACGGGGAGGUUCCCUGGUGGAGGUGGUGGAGGAGGGCCGGGAGGGCCAGUGCAAGGGGGGUGGAGGGGCGGGGGAGGGGGCGGGCCGCCGAAUCCGUUUGGUGGAUUUGGGGCGGGGGAUUUUAUAUGAGGGUUGAGAAUGCAUGUGGAUGGGCGGAGGUUGUUUCUGCUGAGAAUAUGGAUUCUUGGGAAGGUCAUGCUUGAUUUGGUAGGUCCUCUUCAGAGGCAAUGGAGACGCCAGGGUCAAUGGUUCACACCAGAUUGCUGGGCAAUCGAAAUAAGAAUGGAUCAAGUCGAAUUACCCACCUGUAAGAUUUGCCAGUUGUGAAUGAUGACAUAUUUUGUGGAUCCAUAUCAGUACCGUUAUUAUAUGUAUGCUCUCGGGAGAUU